AUGACCCGUCUGAAAUUGGCGUUUCGAACCAUUCUAGUCCCUCUGUUUUUUGUUUAUUUUUUCCUGCAUAUCGGUUUCACAACAUGGAAAUUGUUUCAAGUGGAUAACACUAGAAUUGAGCCCGCGAAAGCCCUGCAAAGGCCCGAAUUACAAAAUCUCAAAGACGGACCACUUCUCGCCAAAGGUGGAAAACAUUUGAAAAAGGGGAAAAAUGUGAUCGAAGCGAUUGGAUACGGAAAACUGUCAGCAUUGGGAUUCGGUGGGGUUCGGGGACAGAAAAGGAGGAAACCAAAAGUAGUUCAACCAGUUAUGGUGCCUAAAGAUGAAGGAGUUCCCGAAAUUUCGGGAAAUGUGAAAAUGAAUCUGCUCUCCGAAGCUGAAAAUCUUCUAAAUCAAACUUCAAAGUCUACAAAUUUCAUUUAUGUAGCAAUGAUAAAUAAUGCUUAUGAGAGGCUGACGUUGAAUUGGAUUUGUAAUACAGCAUCUAUGGAUAAUGUUCACAACCGCACCCUAAUUGUCAGCAUGGACCCAUCGACAUGUACAUCAAUUCGGUCACAAUGGGACGAAACGAUAAAAUGUGUUUCUUUGGAAAUCGAAAAUUACAAAAAUGGAUACGAUUGGGGAAAACAGCAAUACAUCAACAUACUAACUUUAAGAGCAAAUUUGAUGGAAUUUUUAACAAAAAAUGAUAUUCCUUAUGUUCUAAUUGAGACGGAUGCGACGUGGUUCAAGGACCCACUUUUGCUGUUUUCGAACCGAACGAAUUCAGAAGAAGACUAUGAUAUUGUGGUCCCAGUGAAAGGAUAUGACGGUGGAAGUUGGGAUACAUUGGCAUUUGACCCAAUGUUAAUCAGUCCAACGAAUGGAUCGAAAAUGUUUAUGGAAGAAAUGAAAACGAGGUUGAAUGGUGAUAAGAAACUUUAUGAUCAGGACAUCAUGAAUCAAUUAUGUGCGUCCCAAAAUAAUGGUCUCAUCUGUCGACAGUUUUCAUAUAAUGAGAUAGCAGAUGGCAAAUGGUACAAAACGGACGAAAGGGAUCGAGAAAUUCCGUUUAUUUUGAACAAUAAUUUCAAUUCUGGGACAAAAAAUAAGGAGACAAGACAGGCACUGAAUGGCUUCUGGUUUUUGGCAUCGAAAACGAAUCAAUGUGUCAUUUCAAAAGUUAAUCGAUUUAUGGAGAAAUAUGGGAAAAGUUAA